GGGCGGAGCAGGACCCGCCCCGCCCCGCUGAGCCGCAGGUAGGGCAGCCGCCCGCCCGAUCCCAGCGCGUUCUCCCCGCGGGCCGAUCUCCGCGGCCCCGGCGCUGGCCGAUGGAUCCCGAGGCGGCGGGGGACGAGCUGUCCCGCUUGCGCGCCCUCUUCCUGGCGUGCGACGCCCGCGGCUCGGGCCGCAUCGAGCGGGAGGACUUCGCUGCUCUCUGCGCCGAGCUGCGGGUGCAGCCGGCCGAGGCCGAGGCCAUCUUCCAGCGCCUCGACAGCGACCGCGACGGGGCCAUCACCUUCCCGGAGUUCGCCCGCGGCUUCCGCGGCGCCACGCGGCCGCAGCCCGCUGGCAGCGAGCCGAGCGGCGAGGGCAUGGAGGAGGAAGAGGCGUCAGCGGUUUGGGUCGCCGCGGGGCUGGAACAACCCUGGAGGGACUUCGAGGUGCGGCUCGGGGACGAGGCGAGGUACAUCCCCAGACAAGAGCAGGUCAGUGUUUUGUAUCAGAAUAUACACAUAGCAGAACCAAGAUUAAUCCAGCCAUAUGAGCAUGUCAUUAAGAACUUCAUCCAAGAGAUCAAACUUCAAAGCACAGAGAUGGAAACUCUGGCCAUAGCGGUAAAAAGAGCUCAGGACAAAGCAGCGAUUCAACUCAGUGAGUUAGAGGAAGAGAUGGAGCUACGGAUACAGGCUGCAGAGCAUAAAGUUAAAAAGGAAGAGAAGCAAAAAGCUGAAGAAGCACUAAAUGAGCUGAAGCGCCAGUAUGACACUGAAGUUGGGGAUCUUCAGGUGACAAUAAAAAGACUUAAAAAGCUGGAGGAACAAUCCAAGUAUGUCAACUACAGGGAAGAUGUAGUUGAACUGAAAAAAAGAAUACAUGAUAUGUUGCUGGAAAAUCAGAGACUUAAGAAAGAUCUCUUAGAAGCACAGACAAAUAUAGCUUUUCUACAGAGUGAAUUAGAUACCUUGAAAAGCGAGUAUGCAGAUCAGUCUUUGAACACUGAGAGGGAUCUAGAAAUUAUCCGAGAGUAUACUGAAGACAGAGAUAAUCUGGAAAGACAAAUUGAAAUACUUCAAUCAGCUAAUAGAAAAUUACAUGACAGCAAUGAUGGUUUAAGAAGUGCACUUGAAAACAGUUUCAGCAAGUACAACAGAUCAUUGCGGUUAGCAAAUACCUCACCAGGAAGUACCAUUUCUAGAAGCAGUCCUAAGUUUAAUGGUGAACAUUCUCCUUUAAACCCACGGUAUGACAGGUCAUCUCAUUCGUCAUGUGUCGAUGAAGAUUAUGAUUCUUUAGCUCUUUGUGAUCCAAUGCAAAGGAUAAACUGUGAAGUUGACAGCUUACCUGAGAGCUGUUUUGACAGUGGUUUGUCUACCCUGAGAGAUUCAAAUGAGUAUGAUUCAGAAGUGGAAUAUAGGCAUCAAAGGAUUUUUCAAAGGUCACAGGGUAUGCAGGAAAGUUUUGGUGGUGAUGCUUCUGAAACAGAUGUUCCAGAGAUCAGAGAUGAAGAAGUGUACAGCCCUGCUAACAGCACUGUAGUUUUAGACUGGAAGCCCUCACGACCAGUUAGUCGAAGCAGCUCAGUUGCUUCAACAAGAAAACACAUACCUGCUCUCACUCCUCAGUCAGAUGCAACUGAAUGCACUCCAAAAUACCCCAGUACAGAGAAGGCUUACAAGAUUGUUCUUGCUGGAGAUGCAGCAGUGGGAAAAUCCAGUUUUCUUAUGAGAUUUUGCAAGAAUGAAUUUCAAGGCAAUACCAGUGCAACUCUGGGUGUGGAUUUUCAAAUGAAAAGACUAAUUGUUGAUGGAGAACCUACAGUGUUACAGCUGUGGGACACAGCUGGGCAGGAGAGAUUUCGAAGUAUUGCUAAAUCAUACUUCAGAAGAGCAGAUGGUGUCUUACUACUAUAUGAUGUAACAUGUGAAAAAAGCUUUAUUAAUGUGAGAGAAUGGGUGGAUAUGAUUGAGGAUGCGACUCACGAGAAUAUCCCAAUUAUGAUAGUGGGAAACAAGGCAGAUCUCCGUCAAGAUGUUAUGGAACAAGGGCAAAAGUGUGUGCCUAUAAACUAUGGAGAAAAGCUGGCUAUGACUUACAAUGCGCUAUUCUGUGAAACAAGUGCUAAAGAUGGAUCUAAUAUUGUAGAAGCAGUUCUUCAUCUUGCUCGUGAGGUGCGAAAAAGAAGCGAUAAUCGAGAUGAUACAAGAUCAGUGACGAGCCUGGCUGGGACACCUGUCAAAAAGUCAGCACUCACAAAAAGCUGUUGUAAUGUUUAAAUGACAGAUAAUUUUCCUUAACUAAAUAACUUGUAUAUUUAAAAAAACCAAAGCCAGCAACCAAAUCAAAAUAUUUCAGUAGUGUUUCCUUUUUAUUAUGGAUUUAUGCAUUUGUAUAUUUAGGAGCGACACAUAAUGUUCAAAAUCCAGACUCUACUUUCUACUCAUUCAAAUUUGUGAAAUUGCUUCACCCCAUAGACUCUUUUUUCACUUUUUAAAAGUAAUAUUAUUCAGUGCAAUGAGCUCAGAAUCAAUGCUAUAGUAGUCACUGCAUGCAAUAUUGUAAUAUAUAUUAUUGUCUCUACCUACAUGUUUCUUUAUGGCAUUUGUAUUUCUUUUAUACAGAACAUAGCAGUACCCAAUAUAAGUCAAAGAUAAAGAAAAAAUAACAGCUUCAGUUAGUUUAAUCUCUUUUUUAUCAUGUCUGCUUAUCUAGUUUUUGACAGCCUUAAGUAUAUGUUGAUUAAACAUUUCUUAAGAAAAUUCCAAACCAUUAAGGGUUGCCUUGGUCCGAGUUAUCCCUAAGUUUAGGGGAACCAGAAUGGUCUUUGUCAGGAAAAGACAGUGGCAGGUGCAUGGUGUUCUGUUGUAGUUCCUCAAAAGUUGGCUAGUCAGAAUGUAUUUUGAGUACUGAGGUUUGACUAAGAAGUGAGAAGUAGACUUUAUAACUGAUUCUGCACAGCUAAGAGGCGUAAUAAACAUUUGUCUGGAAUAUUACAGUUCAAAAUUCCAGAUCGAAUGUAACACCUGUGAUAUGUAGGAUUGCUGAAAUGAGUUAUGGUCCAAUAUCUAUUUGUUUAGGCUAGGUCACUAUUGUUACUAGAGUGAUACAAGUUGUAAUUUUUCCUUUGCUUUUUCAAAUAUCUUCUAUUCAGUCAGUAAUUGAAGGAUAGUAAUAGCAGGAGGAUUGUAAUAGGAGUCUGAUUUAAUAUAUAUUUUUAGUGCAUUUUUAAUAAGUUUUAAAUCAGCAGGUGAAAGAAUUGCUGCACAUGCACAAGCAUUUGUAUAAAUUUUUCAGUAAAAGCGAACCCUGGAAUGAACAGCAAUCACCUUAAUGAGAGUUUCUUCACCUAAUUUUAGAAAAGUUCUGAGAAACUUAACAGUGGGUGGGAGCUUUAGGUGUCAGCAUCUCUAAACACUGAACUUUGCUUAAAAAGUUCCCAAGAGUUCCAUAGUGUAGUAAAAAAUUAUGGGCAUUAUAAAUUAAUGGACUGUAUAAAUUAUUAUUUAUACAGUUAGCGAUCAAAAUCCAGUUCUUCUUAACGUUCACUGUUUUCGAUCAAAAUAGGAUAGGACCUUUUCAGAGCCAGCAAACUGUUGUCUCCUCUGUUUCCAUUAAUAAAACAUCUCCAGGCUGAAGCCUACUUCAGUAAAUCAAACCUAGAUAAAGUUUUAUCAACUGAUGAAAAAACUGUGUGACUAGCAGCUAUUUGCUGUAUUUUAUCAGCACUGUAUGUCAACACUGUAUGGCAUGCACUGUGUUAUCUCUUGUAUAAAAUAUGGGGAUCUGAGAAACAGGAUGGUUCAUAAUUUACAAAAAGUAAAUGGUUUCAACUAGGGAAAGUAUUGGUUUUAGGUAUCCUUUCAAAUCUGUAAUCAGAGCAGCUAAUCCUUGGGUAAUUAUCAGAAUUUUUUUUACCAGUAGAGAGAAAUCUAAUGCCAGAAUGAAUAAGACAUUUUAUUUCACUAUAUAAUGGUUCAGCCCUAGAAGACAAAACAUGUUUGGUGAGGGUUUUUUGAAGUACUAGAAGAAUCUUCACAUGCUACCUAAUUCCUUGCAGGAGAUUUCAGGGUUAUAGCAUCUUCCCACAGAGCAAUAGAGGACACCUCACUGUAGUUCAGAGACUUAUCUGAAGCAUGUGGCAGAGAAUGCAGGACACUCAAAUGUAUCAGGAAUAGGCCUAAUCACAUACAUAUUGUUUGCUGUUAACCCUAUAUUAUUUAAGAAAAAUACAGCUUUGGUUAGCUUCUUUGAGGAGAAGAGCCAAAUUUAACUGACUGCAUUGAUGAGGGCCUCCUCUGUGUUCUUUGUGUGAACCCUUCCCUUUGUCCAUAUGAAUGAAAUGGAAUAAAAUUUGGGAUGUAUUUGCAGCAGGGAGAAGAGAGGAAGAUGAUACAGUGCUUGGUUUGUGAAGUGUGAGCCUUCAACAUGUAGGCAUUUGCAUUUUCUUGGGAUAAGAUCAUGAAUAUAAGUUGUUACUUACAUUCCAAAAAUGUUUCUCAUUCUGUGUUGUUAGCCUGGAGAGCCUGGACUGGGGAUCACUGUUCUGUGUAUGUGUCCUGAGCUACUGUGUUUGACCAGCUCUGUGGUCUUGGCCUGCAGUAAAUGAGGUGCAAUGUUUGCCUAAGCAUUAUUGACACACGUGCCUGAGGAAAGUGUUUUGGCUGGAUACAGAGAAACAUAUAAAGUGAUUUGCAGGAAGAAUUUCUAGAAAUGAUUUUGUCCAGCCUCCCAAGGACCCAAGCAGAGAUGGACUUUCACUAGCCCUAGAUUUGUUUAUCUGUUAUUUGGGUAGCCAGGCUGUGAAAAUGCCACAGGACAGAGGUACUACUGCCAUUCGGGGCAACAUGUUCUCAUACUUUUCCUCCUUUUCUGGAUAAACAUUUCUCUUCAUGUCCAACUUCAGUUCCCCAUAUGACUACAAAUUUAUAACAAUUUCCCCCCCAUUAUGUCAUCUCCUGCUACUAGCAAGAAUUUGACUCUUAAUCUUGGUGACUUCCCUUUCAGUAUCUGUAGAUUUCCCUUGGCCUUCUAUCCACCAGUGUCACAACAUCAGAAGUGUCUCUUGCAAAGUUCUCUGGGUUCCACAUCUGAGAAUUAGCAGCAUGUGUGCAUGUGUAGUAAUUGCUUUCGUAUCUGAUAUUUUUAUCAUACAGAGGAUGCCAUGAGAAUAUCCAUGUUUGUUUUUAUCCAUCUUUCACAUCCUGGUUGAAGGAUAUGAGUUCAGGGACCUACCUUCACACCAGCUUUUCCUUCUCUACAGGCCACUGAUGUUUUUGGUUAUUUUAAUAACCAAAAUCCGUCUUAUGAUAUUUAGUGAAAUUAUGUAGCCUGAAUUAAUUUAUUAAGUUCUGUAAUUUUUUUGUGUCAUGUAAAGCAACUUUAAUUUGAAACAGUGUUGUUUUCUAAAUAAGAUUCAGUGUUGAAGGUUGUUAGCUGUUAACAAAGUUUUAUCUUGGAGUAAAUUCAUGAUCAGUGUCUAGGGGACUGAAAAAGCACUAUUAAAUGGGGAUAUAACUAUAGCUUAGUUGGAACUCAUUUUAGAAAUCCUGUGAUGGUCAGCUCCAUCAUGUUUUGAAUGUUCACAUAAUACUGUGUUGAAUUUAUGUUAAAGCAAAAGAACUUUGAAAAAUAUUUAAAUCUAGAAAUCAAAGCAUGUAUUUAUAUGUGGAUAUAAUGCAUGCAUAAUUUUUUCUGCUGUUUUACUUUAAAAGGUCACCUUGUCUUCAGCCUAAAAGGUAAAAUGGCAAACAUCAGCUUUAUGCUCUGACAUGGUUGCACUAUUGUCCUUUGAAUGUUUUUAUGGUUUUGUUUAGUACAUAAGAACAGUUCAUUUAAUCACAUAAAUUUAUUUUUUUAGUUAGUGAAAGUGUUCCCUUAAUACAUGUAUUUAUUUGAAAAGCAAAGGUCUUCUAUGUUUUUCCUCAUGAUCUGUAAAUAAAUUAUUUUUAUUCAGUUGACAUGGAAACAUUAUUUUACCCUGUAUUUUGACCCUUUUUAAUUGUAAUUUAUUACACAUUUCUGAGGCAAUAAUUUCUAUGACAUGCUUCAAAAAUGUUUUGAUCACAUAAGUUUUUGUAACCACUUUGUGCCUGUUUAGCAUAUAUUACUAGCUUAAUAAGAAAAAUUGCUGCUUCUAAGUUCUGUUAUGGCCUUACAUGGCUUAAGUAUUUUUCUGUGUAACUACUUUUGUAUUGACUAGAAAAUCCUCUGGAAAAAAAAUUUACACUUAUAAAUUUGUAUAAGAUACUAAAAUGUAGUUUAAGAAAAAUAUCUAUAGGCCGCUCCUUCAAGGAACAUCGCUCAGCUGUGCAUACAUGCAGAUCCCCAAAUAAAGUAAUAAGUUCUGUGCUAGUGCAGGCAUUCCACAUAUAUAUCCUUUUAAAGAGGUUUUCUAUUUUUUCCCUUAUAACUGCUAUACAGCAAUGGCAAGGUUGCAUUUUUGGUAAAAAUACUGCAGUCAAUGAUCCUUGAUUCAUAAACCAAAGGGAAUAAUAUAUUCAUGGUACUUCAUUAUAUUAUAAAGAAAUGUAUUUUCAAGAUGUUUCUAGUUGUGUUAGAUAAUUAUAAAAAUGGACCAAUAUCUCAUGUACAGUUCCAGUGGCCUUUACCACUACCUCUGCCAGGCUUUGAUACAGGGUGUAAUUCUCUCUAAUGCUGUCUGUGCUACUUAUAGAUUAGCAAAGCUUUUUAGAGUGCCAGUUAUUUUAUCUUUCAUUGUAUUACUAUCAGUCCUAAUCCUUUCUUACUGGUAUCCUUAGGACUAGUAAUAUCAAUAUUUGUCAUUAUUAAUCUUUUAAAACCAUUUCUUAUUUUGAAGAAACUUCCUGUAAAAGAAAAAUGUGGCUCAAUAUGUAAAGUAUUAUUGAGUUUGUACAAAGAAGCUCUUUCUCUGCAAUUCUGCUCUUUGAGUUAUGGCUUCAGAUAGCUGGACUAAUACAAAAUUAGUCAUUAAGUGUCUGAGUAGCAAAACAAACCAAGCUGUGGAGGUUUCCCACUGAAUAUAAAAGGAAGUAUGUAAAAUGUGAAUCCAUUUUCAAACUAAUAUGAGGAAGAUAUUGUACUCAUUAUGUGUUCAUCUUUCAAUAAAAGUCUGUAUAUUCUAUAAAUUAUGAAAAGUUUUUUUAGAUUUUAUAUAAAUAAAACUGGAUUUAGUGCAGCUUGUCUCUCCUUAAAACAACGAAUCACUUCGUUUACUGUAACUUUGUAUAUAUAUGUUCAAAACUGACACCUUUCCUGUAUUACAAAUUACUGUAUAAUAAAAAUACACUUCAAUAGCCA